CUUAUUUAAAAAAAAUGAAAAAUCUCAGCUUUCGUUUCACAUUCAAUCAAAUUACGAUAUUUCACACAAGCAACAAAUAUAGCAGAAAUAUAUAUAUAUACAGAAAUCGGUUGAAGACAGAACAUUAACAGAAGGGCAGCCCCGUAAUGUAUCAGAACCAAUUUAUUUUUUCGCGAGAGCGACGCCUCUUCGGGCGCCAGUGUCUGUUCCAGGACCGCAAUGAACUGAUGGUCAGUGUCCAUCCCAGUGGACGACUACGUCUGAAGUACAUUUUACGCGAUCCGGCAGUGCAUCCCACGCAGCUCAGCGACCAGAUGGCCCUCAGCAUCAUGGAGACGGAGAAUGUGAGCUUCGAUAAUCAUGGGAUGUUCCAUUACGAGGGCGGCUGGCCCAGAGAGGUGAACAUCAACGACGAAGAGCAGACCGUGCGCCAUCGCAAGAAGGUGGAGCGCGAUGACAGCUGGGGCGAACAGGUCGCCGACAUGAUACGCGCCAUGAUGAAUGUGGCCGAGCAGAACAACGCAAUCAACAUCUAUCAGAACUUCUUUGCCGAUCUGAACCCAGAGCUGGGGCAAGACUUCCGUCUGCGCUUUACAGCGCGCGUGGUGAAUGUGUUCCACGACCUCUGGGUGCCACCGCGCCAAAUGACCGUCAUCGACUGGAUGCCCAACAACGAUAAUCAGUUUAUGGCCCAAUUCACGAACCAGUACCGGCUGCGUCAGGAAGCAGAUACGAUGGUCCCAGUCGAUGCGUGGAGUGGCGGCGACAAUGCCUUCUACAUCUGGGAGAUGAGCAAUCCGCUCAAGCCGAAAAUUUUCUACGACAGCAAAGAAGUGGUGACGCGUGCCAAGAUCUGUCCCAAGGACGAGAACAACCUGGCUGGCGGCACCUGGUCGGGCAAGGUGUGCCUCUGGAACACCUUAAAGAGUGGCCAGCCGUUGCGCAUCUGUCCGCUGGAGGCGGCCCAUCGCGAGAACACCAAGGCCCUUUGCUGGGUGCACUCCAAAUCCAACACAGAGUUCUAUACGGGCUCCCUGGACGGCUCCAUCAAAUACUGGGACACACGCGACCUCAUGAUGCCGGUGCACGAACUGCUGCUGGAGCCGGUGCCGCAGGAGCGCCAGAAUCGCCAGGACGCUCAUGGGGUGAUGGUGCUCGAGUUUGAGUACACCAUUCCCGUGCGCUUCGUUAUUGGCAGCGACAUGGGCUGUAUAUUUGUGGGUAACCGCAAGGGAAUGACCCCCCUGGAGACGCUGCUGGCCUACUAUCAACUGUUUGCCGGUCCCGUGCGCACUAUCAAUCGGAAUCCGUUCUUUGUGAAGAACUUCUUGGUGACCGGCGACUGGCGGGCGCGCGUUUGGUCCGAGGAGUCCAAGGAUGGCCCCAGCACAAUGUAUUUCCGGAAGAAGACCCAGGUCGUCUGCGGGGCCUGGAGUACGGGCCGAUGCUCCCUCUUCGUCACCGGCGAUAACAAGGGCGUUGUGGACUUCUGGGACCUACUGUUAAGUCAGCGUGUCCCCAUCUACAGCAUAAACUUUGGUUCACCGAUCCAGGACGUGGUCUUCCGCUCGGAGGGAGCACUGCUGGCCAUUGCCCUGGCCAAUGGCGAUACGAAGAUCCUCGUGCUGGACGAUGCCAUGAAGUCGGCCACCGGCAAAGAGAAGGCCCUCAUAGCUGCCAUGUUUGAGCGUGAGAUCUCGCGUAGCAAAAUCCUGGAGGCGCGCGUCGAGGAAAUAAAGCUGAAGCGUCGCACCCAGCUGCUGGCCGAGGAGGAGCGCGCCAAACGCACUGGCGAUGACAUCGAACUAGAUCUGGAACUGGAUCCCGACAAUCCCGAUCAGUUUGUUCAGCUAAUCGAGAGCGACGAUCAGUUCCGCAUGGCCAUUGCCGACUUCCAGGACAUGCUCCUCACUGUGGAGCGCAAGCGUUCGAAGCGUAACAUGAUCAUGGAACGCACAGCUUUCGAGCAGUACUACGUGGAGGAGGCUCAGGUGGUCGAACCCUCUAGAGAGUCCCAAGAAGCUGUUAACCCAGAGGUUUCGGAGCCGAAAAAGAAGGCAGAGGCCGCAAAAGCCAAAUAAACAUCCAGACCCCCAGACACCCCGGAGGCACUCUGGCACCCAGGGCCUACUCCCGCUGCACACUGACCCAACGCUCACCGAGUCAUUUAUAUUUAUGGCGACUUUAUUACGACCCACACAAUUAGCAUUAAAGCAUUUAAGUAACAACCUUUUUAA